AGAGAGAGAGAGAGAGAGGGCGCGAGCGUCAGUGUGAGUGUCAGUGCGCGUGCUUGACUCACGCGAGCCUGCAGUUCCUGAUCGCGCGCUGUGGAUGUGAGUGAGUGUGUGGAUGAGUGCGCGCUGCUGCUGCUGACUUCCUUAUUCCAGUAAAAAGCUUAGAUUUCGGAUUUUGUCGCUUUACAUCCGGACCAUUGUGUUAAUUCAUAAGAAGAACCAUGUUUGGAUAUUGGAUGACCUCGUUUUUGUUCCUGUCCACGUUAUUUGAGUUGUUCGCAGUGGCCAACUCGUCCAAGAAUGACAUGCAGCAGAAAUCUAAGAACGGCACUCACAGCUUCGACGACACGCGCAACAAGAUUUUGAUGGCCCAGUUUGAGUGCUACCAAAAGAUCACAACGGACACCAAUCACGAUCGAAGAGCUGGGCUGAUGUGUAACCGCACAUGGGACGGCUGGCUGUGUUGGGAAGAUGCAGAGGUUGGAACCACUGUAGCACAACACUGUCCUGAUUACUACACGGACUUUGACACUUCAGAGCUGGCCACGAAAAUCUGCACCAAAUCUGGCAAGUGGUUUGUCCACCCUGACAGCAACAGAACCUGGACCAAUUACACGACCUGUAGACAGAUCACUACUGUGGAGUUAACGAUUAACCUCUGGUACUUGGCCCUGAUCGGUCAUGGAGUGUCGUUGGUCUCUUUGCUUGCUUCUUUGGGAAUAUUCUUCCAUUUCAAGAGCCUGAGUUGCCAGAGGAUUACGCUUCAUAAAAACCUUUUCUUCUCCUUUGUCCUGAAUUCAGUCAUAACGAUCAUCUGGUUUAUGGCUGUUGUGAAAAACCAGGAGUUAGUGCAGUCCAACCCGGUGAGCUGUAAGGUGUGUAUGUUUAUCCACCUGUACAUUAUGGGCUGUAUGUACUUUUGGAUGCUGUGUGAGGGAAUCUAUCUCCACACACUCAUCGUCGUGGCUGUGUUUGCCGAGAAGCAACGCCUCAUGUGGUAUUAUCUGCUGGGUUGGGGAUUUCCAAUUAUCCCAGCUGUAAUACAUGCUGUAGCCAGAAACUAUUACUAUAAUGACAAUUGUUGGAUCAGUUCAAAUACAGCUCUGCUUUAUAUUAUCCACGGGCCCAUUUGUGCUGCUUUACUGGUGAACCUGUUCUUCCUCCUGAACAUUGUACGGGUGUUGAUCACCAAGCUUAGAGUGACCCACCAGGCCGAGAGCAGCCUCUACAUGAAGACGGUGAGAGCCACGCUGAUCCUCGUGCCCCUCCUGGGCAUCCAGAUCGUCCUGAUGGAAUACAAACCCGAUGGCCAACACCACAACGAGAUCUAUGAGUACAUAAUGGCCAUCCUGAUGAAUUACCAGGGUCUACUGGUGGCCACAGUCUUUUGCUUCUUCAAUGGAGAGGUCCAGGGGGUGUUACGGCGUCACUGGAACCAGUACCGCAUCCAGUUUGGCAGCACGUUUGCCAACACGGAGGCGCUGCGCUCGACAUCCUACACCACCUCGUCCAUGACCGAUGUGCACCACUGCUACAGCAUCGACAGCCACAUGGACACACUGAACGGCAAGAGUUUCCACAACAUGGAGACCACCAUCCUCCACUCAGAUAACAUCUACAUGUGAGGACCGUUGUCUUUACGCACGCAAAGACAACAAACAGAGACAACCGUGAGCCUCCAGCCGCCUUCAAGCAUCCCCAUUGGGGACUAUCAAAAAGUACUUUGGCACUGAAAGCGCCUUUCGCUACGAAGCCAGAUAACAUCUUCCGUGAUUUCUUAACAAGAAUGGGAUUCUUAGUGUGAGCUGGGACCUGACACAGACCGCAGAGGGAGGCUAGAACCCACAUGACUAAUGAACAUGAACGCUGAUGAAAGCACCGCCCGUUGGCCGUGCUCACAAUCUUAAACAGGACGGCAUGUGGGAUUAGCAACACACAAGAGACUUUCCAAGAGGUCUGGAUUACAUUCCCUCUGGCUCCGAAAGGACGUUCUGUGAGAUUCGGGAUUUUAAAAAAAUUGUUUCUAUACUGGGUGUAUUGAUUGUGAAACUCCAUCUGUUCUUUGUUGUGUUUCUGCACUUGAUGGGUUGAAAAGUUUCUGGAAAAGGGGGACUUUAUAAAAAGACGAACACAGACUACAGUAACGAGACGCGCAUAUCCUAUACGCCAUUAUUUAUGGAAAAGUAGUUGUGUCUUAAAUUCUUUAUAAGAGCUUGGGGAAUUCGACUCCUCGUGUGUUUAGACGUUUUUAACAGUGAUAAUCUUGAACAUGGAUAACGAUAUAUAUAUAUAUAUAUAUAUAUAUAUAUAUAUAUAUAUAUAUAUAUAUAUAUAUAUAUAUAUAUAUAUAUAUACACACACAGUAUACACAGUGCUGUACAAAAGUCUUAGGCACAUGUAAAGAAAUGCUGGAGACCAAAAAUGGCUUAAACAGUAAGCAGUGAGCCAUAAUAAAUGAAACAAAGUCAAUAUUUGGUGAGACGACCCUUUGCUUCAAAAAAAAAAGUCGUCUCAGGUCCAGUGAGUGCAGUUUUAUGCGGAAAUGAGCUGUAGGUUUUACUGAGCAUCUUACAGAACCAGCCACGGUUCUUCUGGACACUUUGACUGUCACACUCGUUUCGUAAUUUUGCACCAAAACUCAGUAGCCUUCAUUAUGUUUUCUUUUCUUUUUUUUUAAUCUGAAAAGUUCUCUCUUAUGGAUGGAAUAUGCUGCUCAGAUACAAGCAUUUUUUGUUACUGUAACAUUUAAUUUUGUGCUGGAAAAAAAAACAAAAGUUUGGAACUCUAAAAUGUUUUUGUCAUGUUUUGACUCAAUAAUGAAUGUAGAAGUCAUAAAAUAGAAAUCUUUAACACAUUUGUAUGAAAAAAAAUAGGGUGCCGAAGACUUUUGCACAGUACUGUGUAUAUUUAUUUAUUUAUUUAUUCUAUCCACAUUCACUGGAUAUGGAGCAAUCGCACGCUCUGACUACUACUAGGAUAUCAGCUCAUAUACCGUGAGUAGAGAAAAACAAAAUGGCAGAGCGUGUUGCUGAAGCAACCGAGGAUGAAAUAAAAACUCUACUCGAAAACAAAACAACAAAAAUUGUUAUCAAGUGUUUAAAAGAAAUAGAAAUAGCUUAUAAAAAGUAUAUAGUCUCUCCCCCCCCCCCCCCCCAUAUCUCCUGUUCCACACUCCAGCCCAGUCGGUGGCAGUAAUGCACCUUUUAAGUUGGUUUGCCAACCAUCAAAAAACCCGAAAGAAGAAGAAGAAAAUAAAAAAAAUACAAAAAAAGCAACAAAUUAUGAAAUGAAAGUAUUUGAUGGUAAGAACGUAUCUUUUUUUUCAAUAAUUAUUAUUGUUAUCACAUUUUUCACAAAUUUCUCCUGUCAUUUCGCUGCCGGUUUGUUUACAUUCUAAGCGGAAAUGAUUUUGUCGGACGUUUUUGUAUAAAGUUUUUAUUUAUUGAAUUUGCAAAAAACAAAAAUAAAAAUGUUCUGUUUCUCAAAAUCCAGUGAAUGUGGACAGAAUAAAACAGUUAUUCCACUCAGUCUUGUCGUACACGGCUUAUAGCCGCUGUCAGCUCAUGUACAACUUGAUUUCGUGGAAUAACUUUUAUAUAUAUAUAUAUAUAUAUAUAUAUAUAUAUAUAUAUAUAUAUAUAUAUGAGCCUUUUGUACUGUAUUAACUCCAUUUAAUGCAGUUUACUGUCAGCAAAUCUUGUUAAAUAGCUUACUCUAAAGGGAAGUCUUUUUCUUUUUGUUCUUCCAUUUCAUUACUUACAGUCAGCAUAGACACGUUUACAAUUUUCUAAGUUUUCCAAAAAUAAAUGAAUAAAUAAGCACAGGAGGCCUUAUUCAGCAUGUCUUUAUGUCUGGAACAUAUAGGUGCUUUUAAUAUUCUCGCAUAUUCCUUAUUCUUAGGGCAUUUCAACUUCAUAUGCUGGAAAAAUAAAUUGUGCUCACACUUGGAAAAAUGUAAAUAGACUCAUCUAAACAGUGUGUAACAGAUGUCCAUGUGAGUGUACUUCCUGUAUAUUUAUAAAUGCAUAACAUGCUCACAAUCAGUAUGCAGCAAUUACGAGCCAUAUUGACAUCUUUUGUAUAUCUAUUGAUUAUUCUCUAUUAAUGGACCAAAAAUCUUUCAUCCUUCAUUUUGAAAUGUUCGUCUUUAUCACUUUGCAUAUGAGUCGGGUUUACAGAUGUGGGAAAUGUCCCAUGGGGCUGUGAGAUGGGAAGGUUCAGAAUUCAGUUGUCGUUUUUCCCGCAUGCUAAGCUGCAUGUUGGAAACACCGUCAGUGUUGCAGUUUUCUUAUAACUUAUUUGUAUUCCAAAGAAAAUGUUUUGUAGAGCUUAAUCAUAUUGUGGGAUCUUCUUCAGUAUUUUUAUUUUUUAUUUUUUUUUGCUUUCACAACAUUAGUGUACUUGUUCUUAAGAAUACAAUUGCAAACAUAUAAAAUCGUUUAUUGAACCAGCA